AUGUCCACACCUAUUUCCGGUGCAAAGAAAGCACCCUCCAACCCAUUGAUCCCCGAAAAGUAUCUCGAUGUACCUACACAAAGGCUAUAUUUUCUGAGCCUCGGUCUACUGUGCCAGUCUAUCAAAAUUUUGGACUUUGUAUGGUCGCUAGCAGCAUCCGAUGGGCGUCUGACGACAUGUCGGAAGUGGCUUUUCUUCGAUCUCGCCUAUUGCGUUGUGCUAUCUCAACUUCGAAUCCCUCGGCUAACCUAUAGCAAGGCCAGCGUGAUUCUACAGAUAUGUUCCCUGUGGUUCUUGGAUGCGUUGUUGUUUGGAGGGAUCAGCAUCAACGCACCUGCGCUCCUCGGCAGUAUUGCAUUGACAUCACAAGUGCAAGCACCGGACGUUUCACUAUUCCGUGGACUUAUUGCGCCUCUAAGCUUUGGGAUGAUAUCGUCAGCACCGAAUUCUGGAGACCCACAUCUUCUUGGCCAACACACUGUUCGAAUGUCUCCAAUCAGUACAGCCCAUCUUAAUCCCGAAAAUUUAAACUUUUGUUUGCCAUCGUCCAAUACGCACAUCCUUCUUCCCAUUGUUCUCAACAACACCAAUGUUGUUGGUUUAAAGUACUCUUUAACACCGCUAGGCUAUGAUGAGGAUGGUGUCGGGAAGGUGGAAAUCCACGAGGUGAAUGCCAAGGCUUUGAAGUCAGCAGAAGAUCUCUAUAAAAAGGAAAUGAUGGUAGCAGCUCAAUCGGGUCCUAGCUUGAACUUCGAGGAUGAAUAUGAUGAAUAUGAUGACGACGACGACACAGAAGCACAAGGCAUUCAUACCACACUUCAGCAAACUCAAUCUCUCAUUCACAUUGCAGUUUCCCGUGCCGGAGUCAUUCGCUUAGAGCAAGUUUACGAUUCUUCCAAUGUCGAGGCACGACUAGUUGUCUCAAAAGCUGUGGUCGUUCCCUGUCCCAGCGUAGAAUUUGCAGAAGAUGAAGGGUCAGCCAAACAAAAUAUCCGAUGCGCUGGUCAGGAAUCACAUCCAGAGCUAAAAAUUAACGUGCAUGGAGUACCACCAUUAAGUCUGCGCUGGCUAAAGACUGUCAAUGGGCAUCGAGAACAAUUCUUGGUCGAGGGCAUAGAAGGAGAGCACAAAGAUAAAAAAAGACGUCAUAGCGAGGUUACAUCCUCUGAUGUUAAAGAACCAACAACUGCGUUGGUUCUGUCAAGAGUUCCAGAUGCUCAAAAGGUUUCAAUACCACUAACUGUAACUCUUGAGAAAGCUGGAACAUAUCUCUAUGCUUUGGAAGAAAUAACGGACGGUGUUGGAAACACGGUGCGCAUGGGAUAUGAAUCUACAACUGCGGAGCCCAACUUUGUCAGCAAGACCAAAACAACCCGAUCCUUCACGGUCCUUCAAAAACCUGCAGUUUCAUUCUCGGGCUGCACUAUUGACUCUCCAACGAAACUGACGGUAGGAGAAGAAAAGUACCUUAAGGUCACAGCAAUCAAGGCGGAUCUUUUCGACGCACCUUGGGAUAUCACUCUGAAUUAUCGCCCCCCGAUUGAUGGUGACGUCAAACGCGGGAAACCAUGGAACAAAAACUUCAAGAUCAAAGCUGGUGAAACAGGAUUAAGUGUGCCUGCAUACGCUCCGGGAGAAUACAGAUUGCUCUCUGUCAAAGGCAAAUACUGUACAGGAACUGUUAUGGCCCCCGACGCGUGUAAGGUUGUGCAAGUGCCAAUGCCAUCCGCCGAGAUUGAAUGGAAACGGAUCCAUGAAUGCUCAGGAGAUACAGGCAUUUCUUCGACGAUCAUAUUGCACGGAACCCCUCCCUUCAUGGUUUAUUACACUGUUAAGCGAGACAAUGAACCGGCGCGUGAAAUUGCGAAGAGGUUCCACUCUUCUCGCAACGAAUUAACUUUCCAGCCCGAAAGCAGUGGUCACUAUACUUUCACUUUCACAGCCAUCACCGAUGCACACUACACGAAGAAGAUAGAACUGGACGGCCCGAGCAUCGAGCAGAUGAUACAUCCCGUUGCGUCAGCCGACUUCAGUGCGGAUAAAAAGCAUAUCAUCACCACUUGCUGGGGAGACUUCGUUGACGUGGAUGUUGAUCUAAGAGGGACUGGUCCAUGGAAUCUUGAGGUGCAAAUCAUUGGACCAGAAAAUACUGAAACGCUCCAGAUCCCAAAUAUUAGUCAAAAAAGAAGAACUCUCAAACUCCCUAUCCCUAAAGAACUCCUACGAAAUAGCGGAAACUUUGAGAUCAAUCUAUUAAAUGUUGAGGAUGCAUCUAAGUGUAAGAGACCGCUGACCGUGGCACCGCUCAAAGCAAUCGUCAAAAGAGUAGUGCCCACUGCACGCUUUUAUGGCAAAGAGUCUGAGCGGCGAAUAGUGGUAACUGAGAACGAACCAGUGGAUCUUCCUCUGCGCUUGACAGGAGAGAAACCCUGGUGGAUUGAAUACCGCAAAGUGGGUACUGGCGAUGUCAAACGUCUCCGGGCGCCAGACGUAAACGCAAACAUUCAAGUCAGGGAAAAGGGUGUAUAUGAACUUGUUUCAGUUUUCGACUCAGAAUGCAAGGGUACAAUCGCAGAAGACUCGUCGACAUAUACAGUUGAAUGGAUUCCUAGACCGUCUGCCCAACUGGCUCCGUCAACCCCUGCUACUUUCGAUGUUUACAAUGGUUCCCAUAUCCUCCGGCCAAUUUGCGAAGGCACGAAUGACCAUGUCGACCUUGAUUUAACAGGCAGACCUCCUUUCCAGAUCAUGUACAAUAUUGCACAGAACGGUGAAUCCGGUGGAACAAAAAUCAUGGGAGAGCCCGUGUUCAAUAGCAUACAGCCUCGCACUAGGUUCCAGUUGCACACUUCCACAGCGGGAAGGAUGUAUUAUGAAGUCAAACAAAUCGGCGACGCUGCAUAUCCUUUGUCCAAGAGCAAAGACAUGGUCAUUCCUCGCUCCCAAAGACUUUUGUUCGAGCAGCAGGUUUCAAUCCGGCCUUCCGCUCGCUUCAAAAAUCGUAACCGUCUCUCAUACUGUCUUAACGAUGCAUUGGUCCCUUUGGAUACAGCAGCGGACGGGGCGGUGGUUUUGGAAGGCACUCCUCCGUUCACUCUGGAGUUAUCCAUCAAGAACAUCGCUGCUAGCCAUGUCGACAAAACGACAAUCCAGAUCCCAACGAACACCUGGAGACUUGAUGUUCCUUCCUAUACUUUUACUUCUAUUGGCCCUCACUUAAUCACUAUCGAAAAGGUGUCCGAUGCUUCAAAUUGCGAACAAGCUGCUCUGGAUCCACUGUUACGCUCGACUUGGGUGGAUGUUGCAGAGACGGCUGCUAUAAUACCAUUUGAGCGGCGCGAAGACAUUUGUGUCGGAGACGUUACACGAUUCCAACUCGAAGGCAUUCCUCCAUGGACUAUAUCAUAUCAAGUGAACGGAAAAUCACUCACGCAAACCGUGAAAACUUCUCCCUUCUCUAUUGUCCAACAACAACCGGGUUUGUUUACGGUUAGCAGCAUUGCUCACCAGCAGAAGAUGUGCAAAGCCGCCGUCGCGGAUCUUCGAUUUACGGUUCAUCCACUUCCUUCGGCCCAAGUUGGUCAUGGAAAGAAGAUAUUCCAGGACAUACACGAAGGCGAUCAAGCGGAAAUAGUGUUUACACUCAUCGGAGAGCCGCCAUUCACAUUCACAUAUCAAAGAUCUGAACUACCCUCUAAGAAAGGGGUACCUGGGAAGGUACUCGAAACCCAUACCGUGUCUCGUGUGCAAACCAACGAAUAUUCUAUAUUCUCUGCCCUGGAAGGAACAUGGACCGUAACAUCUAUAUCAGAUCGGUACUGUCGCUACCCCGCACAGCCAGACGCAUCGGUAGAAAAGCAAUGA